GUGGGAAGGGGCAGAUCUGCUGCUGCUGCUGCUGCUCUUGCUCUUGCUGGCGCCGCCGCUGGGCGCGGGUCCGUCAUGGCGCUGGAAACCCUCUCGCCGGACUGGGAGUUCGACCGCCUCGACGACGGUUCCCAGAAAAUUCAUGUUGGAGUACAGUUGAAGAAUUAUGGGAAAUUUCUAGAGGCAUACACUUCCCAGCUGAAGCGAAUUGAAGAUGCAUUGGAUGACUCUGUAGGAGAUGUUUGGGAUUUCAAUCUUGAUCCCAUUGCAUUAAAUCUUUUGCCUUAUGAACAGUCUUCCUUACUCGAACUCAUAAAUACGGAAAACAAGGUUCUAAACAAAGUAAUCACUGUGUAUGCUGCCCUUUGCUGUGAAAUAAAAAAGUUAAGAUAUGAGGCAGAAACAAAAUUUUAUAAUGGCCUCUUGUUUUAUGGAGAAGGAGCUAUGGAUUCCAGUAAGGUGGAAGGUGAUGGCCAAAUACAAAUGGGAAGAUUUAUUUCAUUUUUACAGGAGUUGUCUUGUUUCGUGACACGCUGCUAUGAGGUCGUGAUGAAUGUAGUUCAUCAGUUGGCUGCCCUUUAUACAAGUAACAAGAAUGCACCUAAAGUUAUAGAAACAUCAGGAGUUCAUUUUCAGGCUAUGUAUGAGCAUCUGGGAGAACUGCUGGCAGUUUUACUUACCCUGGAUGAGAUAAUAGACAACCAUGCUACCCUGAAAGAGCACUGGACUAUGUACAAAAGGUUACUAAAAUCUGUCCAUCAUAAUCCUUCUAAAUUUGGAGUGCAGGAAGAUAAACUGAAGCCAUUUGAAAAGUUGCUAUUAAAACUAGAAAACCAAUUACUGGAUGGGACGAUAUUCCAGGCCUGUAUAGAGCAACAAUUUGAUUGCCUCAAUGGUGGAGUGUCAGUGUCGAAGAACAGCACUUUUGCUGAGGAGUUCGCACAUAGUAUUCGCACAAUUUUUGCAAAUGUUGAAGCUAAGCUUGGUGAACCCUCAGAAAUUGACCAGAGAGAUAAGUACGUAGGAAUUUGUGGGCUGUUUGUACUGCAUUUUCAGAUUUUUCGGACAGUAGACAAGAAAUUUUACAAAUCGUUACUGGACAUUUGCAAAAAGGUGCCAGCUAUUACACUUACAGCUAAUAUCAUUUGGUUUGCUGACAACUUUCUCAUUCAGAAGGUGCCAGCUGCUGCCAAGCUUCUGGACAGGAAGAAUUUUCAUUCCAUUAAAAUACACAGAGAAACUUUUCUACAGCAGAAGGCUCAGUCACUUACCAAAGAGAUGCAGUCAUAUUACGUUUUUGUGAGCUCAUGGAUGAUGAAAAUGGAAUCUAUUUUGUCAAAGGAACAACAAAUGGAUAAGUUUGCAGAAGAUCUCACUAAUAGGUGCAACGUUUUUAUACAGGGGUUUCUGUACGCUUACAGCCUUAGUAACAUCAUUAAAACUACAAUGAAUCUGCACAUGUCAAUGCAGAAGCCAAUGACUAAAACCUCAGUGAAAGCAUUGUGCAGGCUCGUGGAACUUCUCAAAGCAAUACAACAUACAUUUUACAGAAGAAGUAUGAUUGUCGCUGAUUCAGUAACGCACAUAAUUCAGCAUCUACAGCAUCAGGCUCUUAAUGCUAUUGCUAUAGCCAAGAAAAGAGUUAUUUCAGACAAGAAGUACAGCGAACAGCGCCUUGAUGUACUCUCUGCUCUUGUAUUGGCUGAGAACACCCUCAACGGUCCUAGCACAAAACAGAGACGACUAAUUAUUUCCCUCGCACUCAGUGUGGGCACACAAAUGAAAACAUUUAAAGAUGAAGAGCUCCUUCCUCUCCAAGUAGUUAUGAAGAAGCUGGCCUUAAUCAGUGAACUUAAAGAACGAGUCCAAGCACAAUGUGACUGUUGCUUCUUGUAUUGGCACAGAACUGUAUUUCCAAUUUAUCUUGAUGAUGUCUAUGAAAAUGCAGUGGAUGCUGCUAGGUUACAUUACAUGUUUAGUGCAUUGCGGGAUUGUGUACCAGCUAUGAUGCAUUCAAGGCACUUGGAGUCCCAUGAAAUACUUUUGGAAAGCUAUGACAAAGAAAUCAUGGAUGUUUUAAACAAGCACCUCCUGGACAAACUAUGCAAAGAAAUAGAAAAGGACCUUCGCCUUUCUGUGCACACACACUUGAAACUAGAUGACAGAAAUCCCUUCAGAGUCGGAAUGAAAGACCUUGCCCACUUCUUCACCUUGAACCCAAUUCGUUUUUUCAAUCGGUUCAUAGAUAUCAAAGCCUAUGUGACACAUUACCUAGACAAGACUUUCUACAACCUUACUACAGUAGCUCUGCAUGACUGGGCCACCUAUAGCGAGAUGAGGAAUUUAGCAAUGCAGCGCUAUGGUUUAACUAUGACAGAAGCACAUCUUCCUAGUCAGACUUUAGAACAGGGUCUUGAUGUUCUGGAAAUUAUGAGGAAUAUUCAUGUAUUUGUAUCCCGUUACCUCUACAAUCUCAAUAAUCAGAUCUUCAUUGAGAGAAUCAGCAAUAACAAGCAUCUGAACACCAUAAAUAUCAGGCACAUUGCUAAUUCAAUUCGAACACAUGGCACAGGAAUCAUGAACACAACUGUAAAUUUCACAUACCAGUUUCUGAGAAAGAAAUUUUAUAUCUUCAGCCAGUUCAUGUAUGACGAGCACAUCAAAUCCAGAUUGAUCAAAGAUAUCAGAUUCUUUAGGGAAGUUAAAGAUCAAAAUGACCACAAGUAUCCCUUUGAGAGAGCAGAUAAAUUCAACCGAGGGAUCAGAAAACUUGGAAUUACACCCGAUGGACAAAGUUACCUUGACCAGUUCAGGCAACUAAUAAGUCAGAUAGGGAAUGCCAUGGGCUACGUCCGAAUGAUAAGAUCUGGUGGACUUCAUUGCUGUAGUAGUGCAAUUAGGUUUGUUCCUGAUAUUGAAGAUAUCAUUAAUUUUGAAGAACUUGUGAAAGAGGAAGGUCUUGCUGAAGAAACACAAAAAGCAGCCAGGCAACUGGAUUCCGUACUGAGUGAUCUCACACGCAAUUCUGCAGAAGGCACAGAGUAUUUCAAAAUGCUUGUGGAUGUGUUUGCUCCUGAGUUUCGCAGUUCAAAGAACAUGCACCUACGCAAUUUUUACAUAAUUGUUCCACCAUUGGCCCUCAACUUCAUAGAGCAUUCAAUCAGCUGCAAGGAGAAGUUGAAUAAGAAGAACAAAGCUGGUGCAGCUUUCACCGAUGAUGGUUUUGCCAUGGGUGUAGCUUACAUUCUGAAGCUUUUAGACCAGUACCAAGAAUUUGAUUCUCUCCAUUGGUUCCAGUCAGUUCGAGAGAAAUACGUGAGAGAGAUCAGAGCAUUAGCAAAACAACAGAACGUUCAAUCAGCUGUCCAAGAUGAAAAGCUGCUACAGACUAUGAACCUUACUCACAAGCGACUGGAAGUUUGUUUGCAGGAGUUUGAACUGCUUUAUUUCUCACUAAGCAGCGCAAGGAUCUUUUUUAGAGCCGAUAAAACUGCAGCAGAAGAAAACCAAGAGAAAAAAGACAGAGAAGAACCUGGAAAAACAAGCAAUGGGGACCUGUCCAACUCUAGUUCUGCAGAUCCUGUUGUGAAAUGAGAGCCUUGACAUAUAGAGCAAUGGUGAUUUGUUGAAACAGAAGGGACCAAACUGGCAUGGAACUUUUCACCUUCUGAAUCUGAUAGUGACCCAGAAGUGCCAUGAACUGUAGAGUAACCCAUACUCUCACAACUAAAAAAAAUAAAAAUACAAUUCAUCCUUUCUGUUGACAUUUCACUGAAGUCUGUUCUUUAGCCUAAUGUAUGAUUUUUGUCAGGGAGAUUUGGUGUCUUAUUUUGAUUCAGUUCAAUAACUUAAAAAAAAAUCUUUUGCAUUUGAUUUAAUCACAACCUUGACAUUGCAGUUGCUGCUUAAUUCUGUCUGUGUUCACUUCAGCACUAAUGUCCCCAUUUAAAAAUCUGUCAUAGUUCAUAGACCUUUGGAAUCCAAAGAACAUGCCAACUUAGAGGGCCAGUCUCUGUCUUUCAGAGACUGACACUGUACAAACAUGUAAAUUUAAGGCACUUCUCUGUUAUAAUAAACAUUCAUUGCCAUUUCUGCUUUUUUGGCCUCUAAUUUGGGAAUCCUUAGUUUAGGGCAUCCCAUGUGCCUGAAUUGUGCAGUGCUAACCAAACAUGGUCUUGGUGACUCAUAAAAACAAACAUCUGUAGCCUUCAUUGGGGGUCUAAACUCAUGUACAUGCUCUGCUUCUGUGAAUAUAUACAUAUGUACAGUCCUAUGGCUUUCUUUGUGAAUAUAGAAUGGUAGUUAACUGCACUCUGAACAUUUUUCAUCAUGUAAACCAAUUUAAUAGAUGAACAGUUUUAAGUCUUUAAUGUGACUUCCAGUUUACAUUUUAUUUUUUUUGAGCAAGUAGUAAUACAUUCCUUCUGGUGCCAUGGCAUAGGAUCUUAUACUUCAUCACACAGUUAUGUACAUGUGAUGGGUUAAAAUUGUGAAUACCUGCAGCUAUGUUAAAAGCAAAAACAGAGGCACUAAAAAGAUACCGAGGUACUAUUUUUCCUUUACCCUUCCCACCUUUAAAUGCUGUUUUCAAACAUGAAAGCAACACCUAUGGCCACUUUUUCAUAGGCUCAGUUUGCAAAAGCCAGAAAUAAAGGGAAGUCUUCUUUUCAAAUUCUUACGCAUGGUUGAAUUGUCAAGAUCUUCCUCUUUAUGAAUUAACAGGAUGUGGACCUAUAAGCCUCUUCCUCUAACAAAAGUCUAAGUGAAGAACAAACCCCGGGAGCAAACAUUUCGUAGGCUUAAAAUGACUGUUAAUAAUAAGCUUAUCUAGCCUAGCAGGAGUGGUAAAAUGGGUCAAUACAACAAUGCUAUCAUAAUACUUUUUGACUGUGCACUUGUAUGUUUGAGUCCUGCUACAUGUUGUCAUUGAAGUAAAUUUGACAAGUCCCAUCUGAUUCAGUCAGUUCAAAUUCUCAGGAAGGAAGGGGACCAAAUAUUAACAUGUCUUGCUCUAAUUCAUUUUGCAAAACCAUUUUGUUUCAUUAUCUCAGGUUUCUUUUGUUCUGUUUGAUAUUCUGUACAUACUGUUAAUAAAUGUAACUUUGGAAAGUGGA